UUGAAUCUUAGAUCUCAGGGUGACCAGUCAACGGAAUUACUAUCCUUGGAACAUCUUAGUGACAAAGGAACACUUGAACCUGACAAACCAUCUUCACGCACACGACCUCUUCGUCGUUCGCACACGGACCCCACAGACUUGCUUUGGGUAUUUCGUAGACGUGCAUCCUUGCUUGCACAUAGAGUUCAUCAAGACCUUGCUUCAUGUGAGAAUACGAAUGAAUACAAUGACCCCUAUCGAGAUGAGAAAGUUGAAGAAAACUGCAAGGCCGUGACUGAGCAAGGAUUCAGUAAAGAUAUUCCUGACAAGGUAAACUUAUUAAUGACGAUGGCAGUUUCACUUACACCUCAUUAAUUUGGUUUAUUUUCAUUACAAGUUGGUUAAUUUCAACCAAAGCGAAUAUUUUAGCUUCAAAAGGUUAUAAUAGGGUCUCACUUUGCACAAGUAGCCUGAAUACCCAUUGUAUUAGACGUAGUACUUAGAUCGUUAUGGAAAUAAUUAACCAUUCAGGUUGGUAUGUAAACAACAUCUCAGCGAGAUAUAUUAGCAUCAUUGAAGACUUUUGAACAUAGCUGAGAUAUAACAUGGACACCAAACUUUCGAUAAAGAUUCGGCUAGAUGUACAAAAUAUAAUUCUCUUACACGAAAAGUUGUUUGCUAAUCGGCGGUACCAAUUUAGUUCAUAAAUGUUCCAUGUAAGCCCUCUUGUAUUGACAAUUAGGCUUAAUAGCAAGUACUUAAGAUUGUCUAGUCUGGAACACAUUGGCUGAUAAUCUACAUCUUUUUCGCGAUUAACCUUCCUUAUAAGAGCGAAUUUUUAGAGCCACUAAAAAAAAAAAAAGUUAUUUGCGCCGGGCCACAGUUUCUCGACGUCGUUCUGCUACGCAAUGGUAUGAUCUCAUUACCGCACUUAUGACCAAACUGUAAAAAUGCAUCAUUCGUUCUGAUGCCACCAUUAUCUGGAAAUUCUGGAAAACUGAUGAAAAAAAGGGGCAUUACCUCGUAAUUAACCAAAGGAAUGUUACCUUUAUUUUGGUAAAGCUUCAAGGCGCCAGAAUGUCAAGCAAUUAUAGGUUCCUUUGAGUUGAAGGUGGAAGAAACCAAAUCUAUACAGACAAACUGCUUUGUAUUUCUCGUCAACUAUUGUAAAUUCACAGACAAGAGUUCCUUAGCUACGGACAUAAGGCUGAUGCGCGUUCUGAACACUAUAAAUCUUGGGAUCUGUCUGACCAUAGUUAUAUGUAGAAGAUUUUGUUACUUAAACACUGAGGUUCAAUCGCAUCUCUUUUUGAAACCGUUCACAGUUCCCAAGAUUACCAAAAUAGAGCCGCUUUAUUGUCAUCACUGCCGUACAUGUGUAUAAGGUGCAGGACUUAGAACCUCACACAAUUGUUCCGCUCCGAAAGCACGCGUUUACUUUGCAGAACUUACAAAUCAAAACAAUUAGAGAUCAUUGUGGAAUGCGAACUGAGAUUCUUUGCGGAUUAGCUAUUGAAAUACAAGAAAUUCUUUUUGUUUGCAAAUUGUGAAAAGUUUCCAGAUUAGUGGACACCACUGAGCCAAGAAUAAAAGACGUAAGCUCUUAAACGAAUGUAAUAAAAGAUUCUCAUUUCACCUUUGUCUUAUUUCUAUAGAGUUUUAGUUCUUAGUUCUAUGUCACAGUGGGGGUCCGUGGAUCAGAUUCGAGUAACUAAAGAAAACCUUUGUACUCUUUUUAGUUUUUGUUUCUUGGGAGAUUUAUGGCAGCUGUAUUCUGUUGAAAUAACUGGUGUUGAUAUAAGCUUCUUAGGACAUUAAGAGACUUAGAUGGAUAAACCAAGAGCAAUUUGCCUUCAUAGGAUUAACUACCACUUGUAACAGUUUCAAGGGAUCGCGCCAAAGUGCUUUGCUUUCGACCAGUCUAGUGUAGGAUGAUUUUUUACAUUCUUCUAUAUUGGAAUAGCUAGUAAAAAAUUUGGAAGGUGUUCAGCUUUAAGUCAUUGAAUAAACAAUUGCGAGGAGACAUUAUUAAAAAUGAAUUAAUUAUCGAACUCAUCAUUUUUUUUGUGACUGUAGAGUGUUCCAAGUCAAUAAAUCGUUGGAUUGCCUUUCAGUCAAUAAGGCGGGUGAGAAGAUGUCACAUUUGACGAAUGAGAUCACAUGUCUCCUACAAAGAAUGAUCUUAUUACCUGGAAGCGUAAUCUCGUUAUUAGGAAAUUAUUUAAGCUGUCAUGAUUAUAAGAUUACAAACCCUUAAAAGAGAGAAAGGGAAGAGGACAGAGAGAGGUUUUGCUUUGUUUGUUUGUUCAUUUUUUUAAAGUUUGUUGAUGAGGUGCGGAGCAGAAAGGAAGGUCUCAAGUUGGUAGAGAACUUUCAGCGUUCCGUAUUUCUCCUCCAGACUAAGGCCCAGGGACUUACUUAAAAUUUUUUACUUUUGGAAAUGACUUGAAGGUGCUGAUUCCGCUUUAGCUGAAGCUUGAAAAGUUAUGAAUAAAGUGGCAAUAGAACCCGGUUUUCCUUGUAUCCCUACUGUUUGAGAAAGCGAAGGACGAUGGGCGAUGGGGAGGGGGGGGGGAGGGCGCUUAUCCGGUUAGUUUGACAUCAUGACCUUAGGGGUGGGGGCCUUUUUGGGGAAGGGAACACGGUAGUUUGGCUCAGUGCUGAAGGUAACAUACAGUAGACCAGCAAACCAUAGCAAAGAGACGAAAUAAAAUCACUGACUAGUUUCAUGUAACUUCAUGACGAGGAAUCCGGCUGAUUACGAGCCAGACGAGCUAAGGACAAAUCUUUCCUUUCAGUGUUACACUGAAAACCUGCACUUUUCAUUCAGAGAUUCAUUAUCUUUAAAAAUAAGCGUAAUUCCUAAAGUUUUCCAGACUGAGCGAGAGCUCACCAGUCUUUUCGCACCCACGGACGUCUCUUACUCAGUCGAUUCGUACCUCGCCAAGAGCUGAAUUGUUUCAUGCUCAUAUAAUUAAAUAUCUCUCCAUAUUUAGUACGUUUAAAGUAAAAAAAAAAUCACACCUACCUUGCGCGAGGCACUAAUUAGCUAUUAUUGUUAACAAAGCCAACAGACAUUGUAUACACAACAUUCAAUAUGCGUUUAAGCGCUUACUCGUUAGGCCUAGGUCUUUCAUGAGAUCUCCUGGGAUUUGAUCGUUACUUUAUGAAUGUUGAGACGGGUUCGAAUCGACCUGUGGGUCGGACAUAAACCAAUAUAAACUGGGUAUAUUUGUAUCUGAGCAAGAAUUGACUGAGUACGAAACGUUCGUGAGUACGAAACGAGGGGAUACCGAGUAGGGAAUCUUAUCCACUGUCAUACUUGCGCCCAACCGAUGUCUGUCCCAACCGAGGCAUCGGUCGAGCUCCAAGGAAUCUUUAAUAUAGAUAAAAUUAACCCUCUGCGAUUGCUUUAAUGACUUAGCUGUUGGAUACAAUAAGUCACUCAUCAGUUUGCCGCUAAACAAACACAACUUACCUAUUUUUAAUUUUUCAAAGAGCAUCCUCUCCACCAAAUUAAACCCUAUCAUCCGAACCAAAAUUGUUAAUUGAAUAGGAGAAAGUUCUUGAAUCUGUUCUUGUUUUGGGUGGAUGUACGUGACUUUCAGGUUUCACAGCACAACUGAAGUUGUUCUUCCGGUGACAGAAACUCUACGCUGAUAUGAUUGGAGCCUCAGGGCUUAGAGACAAUGGCCCGUGACUCCCAUCACGUCAUCAUUAAUGGAUGUGAUGAAAAGGAAUAUUUUCACUACACUCCCAUAAUAAUUUCGUUCGAGGACGCACAACUCGAAAUGUGUGUUCGCAAGUCGCCUAUACUUUCAUUAGCAAAUUUGAAUUAAUUUUCAAAAUUUCUUUCAAAAAGAAUGCAGGUGCUUUUUUGCUUUGAUUCACAACUAAUUAGCGGUCGAGUUUUUAGUAUAUUUGCAUUUAACUUCUUUAGAUAAAUCAUGCAAUUUUCAAUUCUCUUAUAGACACAGUACCCGCGUUCGCAAGAUAACCAUCCAAAGGAGCCCGUCGUGAACGAAGAAAGGUUAAAAGAAUCCAGCAGUGACAGUGAGUCAAGGGACACUGCUUACGAAUGGACUAUUACGGUGAGCUAACGCAGUUUUAAUACCGUAAUUUCUGUUUAGAUGAUUUCAAACAGUCCAUCACCACGCCGUCUCAUUGAUGAAGUGCAGUCGACCCCGACAAGUGCCACCAAUCUUUACAAACCCAAGAAGGGCGAUGAAAGACAAAACGCGUGAACGAUGUUUAUGCAACACUGUUUAUUAUUUAGUCUUCACUUUUCCAAAAUAACUGCUCUUAAUCAUUAAAACAACUCUAUCGCGCUAAAUUACGAAACAAAGCCGUCAUGCACAAUGAUCAUAGAUGUAGCCUAUGUGACACCUUUCAAUGUUACUGAAUUCGUCAUUAUUGACUUACUUUUAUUUGAAAGUGGCUAAAAGAUAAUCCUUAACGUAUGUUGACGGAAUGAUCGAAGUGGGCACGGAAGGCGGCUAGACGAAAUGUGUCCAAUUUUUGACCAAUUAUCGAGGCGAUAACUAACAACAUUGAUUGAUUUUUUUCAAUGAACUGAGAGCAAAAUCGUACUAGUCAAUUCGCAUUUAUAUCUCUGAAAUACACGGAACGCUAUCCUCGUCUAUUGUGGCGGAAGAAAUGACACAGACUCUUAGUGACGUCACGAAAAAACAAAGCGCGUGGGUUGGAAAGCAAUGUUGCGCGAAGCAUGUACGAGGAAGUCGUCUUGGAAUAUCCGAGUCUCUUGCAAUGGGUGGGUUUCAACCGAGAUGUAAAAGCAACAAUUCUUGUGCAAUCGAUAAAACGAGCAACUGAGGAGGUAGAAUUUUAAUUCGUGAUCGACCUUAGGUUGAUUAAUUAGUAUCAGUUAUGCGAGAAAUGCUUUCAAAAGUGCAGUUAUUCAAAUGCAGCGACGCGACAAUACAAAACAAAUAAACAAAUGAAUACGACUGAAAGAAUGUGAACUUAUGAAAAAAGCUCACUUACUUGAGGUCCUCAAGUGUUAUCAGAGCUUCUCUUUGUUUAUGACUUCCUGUAAUUAAUAGGUGAAACGAGGUCCUGUCGGGAAUCGAUUUGCAAUGCUGAACUCUUGCUGAGAGGAAGUAUAGUUGGAGAAAAAUUUACCUUUCCGUCUAAUUUUACGUGCGAGAAUCAUCAUGUAGCGAAAAAAAAAUGUAUUUUGGGAAAAUAACAAAAACAAGAGGGUAUGAAUCAAAUGAUACUAGUCGAUGGAAGCAGAUGAAACAAUCCACGGUACGGCACGUCCUUCCAGUAUAUUGAGUAAGGUUUCGACCUCCUAUUAUGACAUGAUGUGAUAUCCGAAACGGUAUGCCAAUCUAUUUUUACCUGUUUGAAAGACAUAUCUCUGUGAUUUCAUAUCUAGUCAGAUGCAAUUGGUGUUAGCCUUCCAAAGGACGUUCUUUCUGGUUUAACAAUCAAAGUCGGCGUGAAACUUAAGAUUUGACCCGGCCUGGAACUUACUGAUAACAUAUUUGUUCCUUUUCUUUUCGGAAAGUUGGUCCACUCUGGUGUCGAUUGCUAAACAAACUGUGCAUCACCCUAAGUAAACUUUGCGUGCUUCAUGACGUGUCAGGAGGGCCAAUAAAACGCUAUCUUGACAGCAUAUACUCUCUUGGCGAAUUCCUUUGUCACCCCUCAUGUUUUUUUAGGUCAGUGAGCGAUUCAUUUAAAACCAAAGAGUGGUGUCAUUGUUCGCGUCAUUCGAACUUGUUUUCAAAGGAACUUCGACUCGAGUUACUAAAAAUGAAACAAAGCGCUUCAGUCCUGGGAGAACGCAAAUGUGUUCAAUAGUUCAGUGACGGUGUGAUUGUUUGUCGCGAUUGCCGCUCAAUUGGAUUAGGCACCUUUCGAAUUACAGUAUAAUUGCUUAGAAGUGUCUACGGUGAAUUCAGAGUUUCCUUCCUUGUUACAUCUGUGAUAAUGAGCUCGCUUCGCUGUCGACAAAGCCAUCCGAGGCCUCAUGUGUCGAGAUCUGCAUCGGACCCUUCAAAAUUGCAGGUAAAAAAAAUCUAAGUGGUGAUUUUUGUUUACUCUUUUUAAGAGUUCGUCGAGUGGCCUUUUUGUCUUAAGAAGCAUUAGAAUCGAUAAAGAGAACAGAGAUGAAAACAUUUCUUUGGAAAUGAAUAGCCUUUGAAGAAUUCAGCGAGGCGACAGGAAACCACUGUGUAACGUUAUUCUGUUUCGAAGUUGACUCUUUUAUACAAGUCAAUGAUCUGGAGGAGUUAAUCUGCGAAAAUUAUCGAAGAAGAGAGAAAGCGAAAUUGAAGACGCAGGUUUUUAAAUAUCAGGCAAUGUGUUCCCCUGUCUCAUGCCAUUAUCUCUGAUUUGUAGCCAAAUAUGAGAUAAGAUAUGGUCCCGCCUAUUUAAUACGAGUGUUAUGAGUGAAUAAUCUAUGGAACUUUGACAAACGUAGAUAAGUAAAUUGCCUUCUGCAUGUUUUUAAAGAUAAAAAUGUAGGUCAAAUACAAUAGAACUAUAAUUUCAUCCAGUGCCUCUAACCUUUCUGGUUUUGAUUACAUAGACAACAGACAGGUAUUUAAUGGGAUCUUACAAUCGGCUAUUACAGCCAAGCUCUUUCUCUUUUUUCUUUAAGAUGAGUGUAACACCUGAAAAAACACUCUCUAUGAUUGCUCUUAAACAAAUAUUUCCUGAUUUAAUUUGUUAUUUGUUACUACACUUCAUUUUAUUCUCUGCAUGAUGAAUUUAAAAAAAAUAAAUAUAAUAAAUUUUUUUCAGCCAAUAAAACAUCAUGAUCCUCUUCCACGGCGCAAGAUCUCGGCGCCUGCUUACCGUCCAGGUCGCACUCAGAUGGCAAUGCCCACGAAUCGUAGAGCAAGUGUGGCGGUGGCUCCCCGGCGUAUCAAUAGAAGAGGAAGUGAGGUUAGUAUGGAACUUACUUAGAUUUUAAAAACGGGCUAGGGUUUUUUAAUUCAUUAUUUCUUCAUCAUAUUCACUGAGGAAAGAUAACCCGGUCUGAACAACUAUGGUAUGGCCAAAUGGUAGAGGGAUACGGUCUUGAAUUUGACCAAAUUAAACGUAGCGAUUCUUGGCCUUUGAAGAGCCAAACAAAUUAGAUUUGUAAAAUUGAAGAAACUUAUUGAUAAUCGGACGAGAUUAACGUACUAUUUCGCUGAAGUUUAUUUGUGGUAAAAUGAAGAGAACACUUGGCCAGGAGUGUCAAGGAAUAAUUUUGCUUCAAAGGGCGCUCAUUCGGGGGCUGAUUCUAUUUCAGUAAAUACGGUAAACAUGAGUGUGUGACCUAAAAAAAUUCUGCCAAGGUUGAUUGUUUCAUCAAGUGAAAUACGUAAAAAGAUGACCAAUUAAUGAAAAAAACCUUGAUUUUUUUCGUGGUCUCAUUGCCUUUUUGAUUGCUUUAGUCAACAUGAACAUUUAUUACGGGAUUUCGGAGCUAAAUGUUUUAACGAAUUCGAUCUACAGACUGGUCACGUUUCACCAAAAGGGGGCGUAUCGGAACUCCCCAAGAAACGUGAACAUGUCGAGGGUGUCAAACGGGAGUUUAUCAUAUCCAGAUGCGAAAUCCUCAAAGUAUCAAACUCUGCAAAGUUCGUACUCAGACAGCACAAAAUAAUGAACUGUACAACUACGUUGCCCAGACACUUACCUGGAUGUAGCUGGGCAAUUGACAUACGUGAGUUGUCGUAGCAUUCAGAAAACGUCCGAUGAACCACAUACUUAGGCAUAAAUACGAGGGCUGCACUCAAACUGCCGCUCUAUAAAAAUUAUCUUUCGCUUCUGUAACGCAAGCUUUUGCAAACGGCUGAAUAAUCUAUUAUUGCUAACGGCAGAGGCAUUCUAUGUUUACAAGAGAACUCAGUUGAGGGACAGAGGGCACGCGAAAAAGAACAAAACAUCUUUUGCAGUUUCAUAUGACCGUUUGGAGCUUAAUCGUAUUUCAACAACACAAGAGUGAAUUCUAGUUAGUUCGGCUGAGUGUUUUUCUUAAAUUGCUGUUCUCUAAAUUUAAAAUAGUACUACGGACAGGAAAUUCCAUUUUUUUCCUUUUAUUUUUGGCUACUGCUUUUCCUUCAACUCAAUGAAAUUGUACCUACUUUUUUCACAGUAGGCAGCAUCAAUCCCCCACUUCCUCUUAAAACUUUGACAAUUUCUUCUUCUCGGGUUCUGUCCAUAAUCAAGUUCCACAAGUCUUUUCUAAACGGGAUCUUCUCAAUUGAUCCCAAAAAAGAAGCACAAGUUUCUUCGCUUUAGUUUCAGCGCCUCCGACUCAAAUUACCUCAUCCAGCGGAAAAAGGCGCUUUGACGUCAAGCUGGCGGUUUAAGUCUUUCAGCUUUUCACGUACAUUGUUUAUUAUAUCUUCUUUUUCGUCUACAAAUAAUUGCCACUUCAGUUGAGUAAACAGCGACUGCAAUUUGCGUUAAACAUAUUUAAGAGCUCUCUUGGGAGGUGCGUUGUCUUGGUUUUCAUUCUUAGGGGAUCAAAUAAACAUAAAAGAAGAAUGGACAUAAAAAUUCGAAUUUAUGUGUACAUGGAAAGGGCUGCUAUGAUCCUUCACCGAUAAUCACGUCGUCUGCUAUGGCAGAGACAAUUCACUUGCCGUUCAUCGGCCACUUCACCAGCGACUUAGCGAAAUGGCUAUUCGAGUUGAUAAUUUUAAGGGAAGCAAUCCUCACAGAAGAACAGGUAUAGUGGCGAAAUUAUUUUACUUGUUCGAAUUAACUCGCGCUCAGAAUGGCGGGGAUAACAUUAGACUUCAGUUGUUAAAAUAACAGAGCUGAACACAGCUGUUGCAGAUUAAGGUCAGUUGGAAGGUUGCUAUAUCUCACACAAGUUUCUCUCCAGUGCUUGAAGCAGAGAUCGUACUAUUUAUCUUUUUUGCUUAGAGAUCUUAUCAUCUUUCAUUUCAACUGAAAAGACCUGGACUUGCACAAGCACCUAUAUGCUCGUGUUAAGGUUAUGAAAAAGACAAAUGAUUGUUAAGUAGAAAAAAUUCGUCUUGUAGUCUCGUUCUACUACAGCCGUGGAAAAAAAACGUCUCUGUUCUACGAAGACUUGCGAACUUGUACUCAUAAUUUAAAGGUGCUCCAUUCUAACACCGUUCUGUUGAUUGCUUUGGGAAAAUUUGCAGAUUAAGCGAUCAGACUUUUCCAAAAACUUGCCUUGGCUACCUACGUUUCUCAAGCUUCGCAACAAAUUAACAGCCACAGAUUUUUUUUGGUCAGUUUCUGUGGCUGGAUUCCUUUAAUUGUCUUCGUUAUCCGCACAUAACAAAACUAAGGGGCGAACGUUUAAAGUAUCAUAUUAUUUAAAGAAAAAAAAUUAUUUACAGGAGAAGAGGUGCAAAGCUGUCUCUUGGCACCGAAGCAUACUGCAGUUGUAACUAAAAACGUGCUUUCACCUAUGAAUAAAGUUUAGAAAUCUUUGGUGUUAUGUAACAUUAGUAAUUGGUAAAGAGAACUAAUCUUACGCUUUUUUAUGAAUCGCGUUCCAAUCAUUGUCAAGUGGCCCAUGGGACAAAGACUUUUCAAAGUAUGGAGUCACUGGUCUAGAGCAUCGUGAAUUUUCAAGCAGAAUAAGAUCGAAAAAGUUAAAUUUUUUUUAAAAUUGUUUGAAAGCUUUGGGAAAUUAAUUAAAUAAUUGCUAAUCUUUUUUUUUUUUUCGAGCUAAGUCUACAAAAUGGCAUAGGAAAUUAUUAUGGAGAUUAGAGAUUAAUGCCGUCAGUUUGUUCCUAAUCGAGGAAAAAAAGACAGGAAUCGAUAAAAGAAAAGUACAUAAGCAAAUGGACAGAAAACCAAAUAAAAGGUUAAUAAAAUAGAAAAAAGGGAAACAUUACUUUAGAUAGAUAUUAUGAAUGCUUCUGAAAAUAUUUGUUGCAAGAGCUUAAACCACUUAGAUAAUUGCUAAUCUUUUUUUUGCUUUUUUGAGCCAAGUCUACAAAAUGGCAAAGAAAGUUAUUACGGAGAUUAGAGAUUAACGCUGUCAGUCUUUUCCUUGUCGGGAAAAAAGGCAGGAAUCAAAAAAAAAAAGUACUGAAGCAAACAGACAGAAAGCCAAAUAAAAAGAUUGAUAAAAAGGAAAAAAGGGAAGCAUUAUGUGAGAUAGAUAUGAUGGAUGCCUCUGAAAAUAUUUGUUGCUGGACCUUAAACUACUUAAGUAAUGGCUAAUCUUUUUUUUGAGUCAAGUCUACAAAAUGGCAAAGGAAAUUAUUGUGGAGAUUAGAGAUUAAUUUGUCGGUUUCUUUUAAGUCGGGAAAAAAGACAGGAAUUGAAAAGAAAAGUAUACAAGCAAACAAACAGAAAACCAAAUGACCAAUUUGAUAAGAAGGAAAAAGGGACACAUUAUGUGAGAUAGAUAUGAUGAAUGCUGCUGAAAAUAUUUGUAGCAGGAUCUAAAACUAUUUACUUCCAAGGUCUCGAUAACUUUGUUCACAUCACUGAUAACCUUUAUUUCUCUUGAGAUGUGUACAAUUUUCUUUAUUCUCUUUAAACGACCAUAUAACAGUUGCUGAAAUAGUUAGUAAAAUUUGCUAACGAACCGAUGAGCUUGUGAUAAGGUUUUCAACUCUAAUUUGUGUGCACGUAAAUUCUGUAUUGUAAUACUGUACUCUAUUGUAUUACCUUGCACGUGCAUAAAAACGUGUAUGCAAAUUUGCAGUGCCUUUAACAUUUCAAUAUCGACGCAAUAUUUUGCAUUUGAAACUUUUUACAGUGGCCAAUUUACUUUAUCACCUCGUUGAUAAUACUAGAUUACCCUGUUAUACUCUCCCACCGACGCAGCUCUACUAUUUCUGUAGAAACUUACUCACUUUAAUCAAUGUUAUGUAAUGUAUGGUUGUCGAUAGCAUAAUUUAAAGCUAAUUAGCUCAUAAGCACUUGGUACCUAUUUUCAUUCAACUCUUUAGUAAGAAUUGCACGACACCAAUUCCAAGCUAUUUCUGUCACGAACAAGUUUAUUUUCUUGGUAUGACAUUUAAUACAUACUGUAGAAACAUAUGCAAAGCUCCUAGGCCGAUGAGAUAUUUCUCCUCAAAUGACCUUGAGGAGUCUGGGGGCAAAUCAUGUUUAGUGUUUGGUUACCAUUUAUUUUCCUUGUUUGUUUUUAUUUUACCUUUCUUUCUUUCUUUCUGUCUGUUUCCCACUCAAGCAUAAUCAUAAGCUAAUCUGGUAGAAGUGUCACAAGCUCUUCAACAAGUUAUAUUUAGUAGACUUCUACUUUGAAGCUAACUAUUUCGUUUUCAUAAGGAACAAAUUUCCUGUUUCUAGAAAAAGUUUGCAACAAAAAUUUACGAUGUCUUUCAGUCCUCACAUGACUCUCGCUUAGCAACUUUUUCAACAUGGAAAAGUGUAUACAUUUUCCAUGAAAAGUGAGUCAUCGCAGCAAUCUUCGUUAAGCAACUGUCUCGUUAUAUUCUUCGUAACUACCGGAAAUGGAUUUUUUGAUCCGCAAUUCUAAUAGUAGCGGUUGAAAUAUUUUUGAAUUCACAGAUAUUUAUUUCAUCGUAUUUUUGACAAAGGAAAAAGGCAAAUAUCACACUAAGAAAAACCUCGCGGGUUGGACCUUUAUCAUGUUUAUGAAAGGUGCAUGUCAAUACUUAAAAUCACGUGUUUUUCAUAUAAUUCUGUAACCCAAAACUUCGAAAGUGUUGAGGUGAAUUUAAGUAAAAAAUGUUUUUCAGCAAACGCGUCAUUCCAGUGAUAUGUUUUUUACUCGUUGCUGGGGAACCACUUCAGCGACUGCUAAAAGUAUAAGCCACUUUAUUGUUGACGAAUCGUCUUUGUCAAGCGACUUAGAAAACGUCAUGCUCGUUAAACUUCAAGUGCCACAAGGGGAAAUAUUAAAAUUCGUCCCAGUGGAGUCAUUGGCCGUGGGUAAUGAGAUGACGACACCGGAUUUUUUUUCACAGGAAAGUCUGUUAGAUGCGUUAGCUCUUCCUAUCGUUUUGUCGUGAAACUCUGUGGUUAUCCUGUUGGAUACGGAGCGACAAACAGCUCAGAGGCGAACGAUUACAAGAUUGAUAGGAGAUUUAUUUUGUGGUUGAUUCUAACUGAGUAUUCAUAUCGUGAAAUUAAAUUAAACAACGAGGCAGACAGUGGCUUGUAAAAAAGGACACCGAUGUUGGGAAUUGAGGACGAUUCUUUCAUUGACUCGGGAUCGGUAUGUUAUUCGAAAACAUGCAUCGUUGCCGUAUUUUGUACGAAUAUUACAUUAUAUAUUGUAAUGAAUUAUUCUUAGUGUUUCGAUCAGAAUUGCAAUAGGUUUUUUUUUCGCAGUUUCAAACAUGUUAAAGACCUAAAACUGUUCAUGCAUGGUUCGUCAUUCACUGCACGCAAAGCAUUACUUUUGAAAGGUCACUUUAAAAUAAACGAAUUAAUGGAUUUUAAAUUUGUAGCAAGAGCUCGCUAACAAAACAGAAAUUUCCUUGAAUGGGAAUUUAAUAUUGCUCCUUAAUUAUAGCUAAACAAACUGAAUUUAGAAUGCAGACUAAAUAUCGCCCAAAAACCAUCAAAACGUGGCGUCAUGCAGUGUUCCAACCUCUUCCACAAAAUAAUUUUCCCACUAUGUUAAAACACGAAAGCGUUCUUUUUAUUUCUGGGAUUUAAAAAGCAAUAUCAUAGUGAUGCAUUUUAUACCCAUCCAAUACUAUGACUACUUCUCCGUUCCGAGAACACCUUACGACGUGGAAAGAAAUGUCAAUGACGUAUCCAAACCAGUCGGAAGACACUUUAGUCUCCCUCAUCCAAAACAGCAUAUGGAGAGCCGAAAAACUCUAGAACAUAAAUUUAUUUGCUAAAUCGGCACCCUUAAUCCCCACGGUAUCAACGAGAGCUUUUUAUUCAACAAAUUUACUCUCGUUUUCUCGUCACCAUAUUCCCACCAAUAGCAUAUAAUAAACCCAAUAGCGUAUAUAAACCCAUUUUCAGUUUCUUCAAUUGUUCUGACGAAGGGCUAACGCUCGAAACGUCAGCCUUUAAACUCUUUACGAUGGCCUAUUUACGUUUUCAACUCAGUUGUUAACACUAAAUUAUGCUGUUAUACUCUCCCAUCGACGCAGCACUGCAGUUUCUUUAGAAACUUACCCCCUUUAUUCAUUUACCUCUCCGUUUGUUUUGCAUCUGCUGAAUUCACCCAUCGUUUUUCAUUCCCUAUUGUAUAAGCAUCUUCCGGAAUUAUUCAGAUUGAAAACUUUAAAAAUCAAAUUUACCGUUGCAGCACCUAUCUGGUAAAAAUAACCCGCUAUUUGAAAAUUCAAUUUACAAAUUGUUCAGGUUUUGCGCUCGUAAAUUAAAUUUUGGAUCACGAUGUGGUAGUCUACUUGUAAACGGUUGGGUGGUCACUUAACCCUUUCACAGUAAAACGGCUCGAAGUCAUUACUUAAUGGUCAAAAUAUGUUAACAAUAUCAAUCCUUAUCUAAGAAACCAAGUGAAUCGGGGACAAGAUGGACCAUUCAAACAAAAGGUAUCCAUUUCCAGCCUAAUGAUCGCAAUCACUCUGUGAACUGACUUCCGCCAAUUACAUCCGUUUCUGUUUUGUGAUCAGUGUGCCGCGAUAUACCACGCAUCCGUUGUACACGAUAUACUGAAUCACAUGGUGACAUCAUUAUUAUUCUGUUUCAGGCACCAGCUCUUACCGUCAUUGCAAGACGACGAAAUUCGCAAGUGGCAUAUCCAGUGGGAUUGAGAAGAAAAUCAUCAAGAGCUGCCGGCGCAGGUAAGAAUGGAGGGUUAAGUCCUCUUUCUGGACAUUUUCUUCUGCAAGCCUGCGAGCGUACAGCUAUUGUUAAGAAAUACAAAAAAAAAUUUAGAAGAUCAGGCAAAGUUGUUUUGAUUUAUGUCCCUAAGUUAUGAACCACACGUUUUCUGGUUUCAAGGUUAUGACAAGUUCUCCCACGAAAGACACUGUGUAACAAUUAUUGUAUUCACUCAAUUCAAAAUAAUCAGUUUGGAUUUCUUCGGUUUCUGGAUCGAAUAACAAACGUGACUUAUUUGGCAACUGCAAGAACACAAAAUCAUUAAACUGAUCCUCCUUCUUAAAACAUUGCCUUCCGUAGCUAAAUAUUGAUAAAUAUCCAACAGAAAAUGACGGUAUAUUUUAGAAUUGUAAGUAAACAUGAACGAUAUUGAUGUACAUGAAGGGAAAAACGUUUUCUCGUCGGAAGGAGAUCUAAGGAAUGUUGGCAACUAUUGUUAUGGUCUCGUGUGUUACAUGUAACUUACUCGAGCACACUCAAGAUUACUUUGUGAAAUGCGUCUUCGCGCGCGUUAUGGUCUCAUGGUGUGAUUUUGUCAACGUUGACUUCACUACAUUUUUUUUUUCCAUCGAAGAAUGUGAAACCUAAGAACCCUUUCCUAUCCAACACUGUGUUUUUUGAGGGUGGCGGUCUAUGAUUGUUUAUCAAAAUCCAAUCGCAAUAGACAGGGAAUUACGAUAAAUAUUUCAUGACCGCAAAUGAUUUCUCGCGGCUAGUAUCACGAAAAUCCGCGAGGAGGCAAUUUUAAGCGACGACAACUUGCGUGAUCUCGUGUUUUUAUUUCACGUGUUGCCGUUGUCAUUUAGCACUGUUCUAGAUCAGUCAUUAUUGUUUCAUAUGUUUUUAUUCAGUAUGCUACAUUCGAGAUGUGUUAAUUAACACAUCGUGGCUUGGGUUAAUAUCGUCGCUCUCUAGGAAACAAGAUUAACUUUCCUUUUAAUCUAAAUUAUUCCGUGAAAUUGCUAUUGAAAUGAAUAGAAUGAAAAAAUAUUACUUAAGAAAAAUCUUGGAAGUGAUAUUCGAUCGGCUUCAGAAUCCAUAGGAGAGAAACAAUAGAUUGUUUUCAGUCAAGUGAAGGUAGACAGAUACUCACUUGAUUUGCGAUAUUUUGAAGUUUUAUUUGAAAUAACUUUUACAACACUCGCCAUUUUGUGUACAAGGCGAUAAUUUGACCCUAAUGAUGUAGAAUAAGUAGAUAGGUACAAUCAUCUGAAGAAAAUCACGCAACGUUUGGAACACACGCAGAGUCUUAGAGCCAUAUUUACUGUUUUUUACUCCACUUUGGUUAACCUUGAACAGGCCGAUCUCGAUAAGCAUGCGCACUAAGAGAGCUCAUAUAUCCAAAGGUCAAGUAGAAUCCCAUGUUGUCUUCUUUCACAGAUAAUCAUCUUAGUAUUCAAGCAAAAGCCAAGCAUGAAUUGUUAGCCAACCUAGUCCUUCCAGCCUGCGUCGACCAACCUCCAAGAACGAGAGAAAGAAGAAACACUUUUAUCUUCCAGGCAUCCAGUAUGCGAACCAAGAAAGACGGUAUGUAUGCCUCAUGAACUCCAUUCUGUGCUAAAUGGGUGAUGUCGAGAGAAAGGAGCUGUAGAAUCACCACGAUCGUAGCGUUAGUCAAAUGGCUUCUUUCAUAAUUUCUUGAGAUAAGAAGCCACCAAACCUUUGGAGACCUUAUUUUAGGAAAAUAAGGGUGAUGUAUAGGCUUUUACUUGCGUCUUCCUCUCUCCAACAGCAAACUUUCUACAACGGCCUGGCUUGACGCCGGCGUGAUGUUGAAUGCCCGUGAACAGUAUUAUUACUCAAACAAACGCUGCGCCAAUUUGCGCCAUCCCCUCACCUGAAACUUAAAUUUCCAAGGGCAGAAUUUUUUCGCUGUCACAGGUUCAUCGUUUUAAAGAUGUUCAACUGUUCGUGUAGUAAGCAAAGAGUCCCUGAAUAAGUGCAAAGAAACUCGCAUUCAAGUGAACACAGAUUUGAGAAAAAAAAAUUGCUUUUUGCAGUUUAUUAGGAAACAUCUUAAAAUGCGACCAAACGCCACUAGAAGAUGAAUUAGGAAAAAAAAAACAACUGUGACGAACUAACGUUGCUCUGUAAACUAACUAAUUAAACUAAUCGUUCCCCGGAGAGGGAAGGAAUGCACAAAAUCCACCUAAUAAAUUAUUAUUUUUUUUUAGCUUACUUAUAUUGUAUGAGUGUAUGUCUACAUCCGUUUGCCUAUAUGUCUGUCAUUAAUUUCCUUCAUGAUAACUUUUGAUUAAAUUUGAUUGCAACAUCUGUUGUAACAGCUAAUGAUUUAGCUUCAAGGCAUAUCUCCUACAUUGCAUUGUUCUAAAAAAUUUACGAGGAACUGUUCAAACAAGCACCUCUAUUAAAGACUGGUAAUAUUGCAUGUGCAUCGCAAACGUCGUUCUAAGAAAAAUCUUAUGGCAAAGUUGAAGAUUCAUCAGAUUUUAACCACUUAAAGUAACACAUGGUAGGAGCUUAAGAAAGCUCGUUAGUAUUUUUUCCCACAAAGAUUUUGUCCCACACUUAAUCAUAAGCCGGAAAUGUAUUUGAUUACCUAUGUAAACAAAUUAUUAAACUUUUUGUUCUGUGUUUUUGCUCUGCUUUUUUGUUCGUUUGUUUUCCUCCUUUCUUCUUCAUCAUCCUUCAUUAUCAUUGUUACUGUUAUAAUUAUUAUUUUUAUUGGUGUGUUCAUUUUUCUAUUCAUCAUGUAAAAUAACUGCUACCAAAUUAAAAAUUUAUUCUCAGUAAGUCUCCAGACGAUUAAUCAUUGGUUGGAGACAUGACAAAGUUGUUUACGUGUCUGCUUCAAAUACCAUUCAGCCAACUUGUCUGUGUUUUGUUUUCCAAUACAGAAAAGAGAUAUCAGGUUGCUAAAGAGAUCUUAGAGACAGAAAAGAAGUAUCUCUCUUGUUUAAGGACCCUUAAAGAGGUAAGAUUCGCACUCCAUGGUCGUAAAUCCUAAUGAAUAAACUAGUAUUUCAAACUUAUUAGUCCAUUAAUAAAACGUCGUCUUUCAAUAUCUUAUAUGAUUACCUCCUAAAAAGCAAAACCAAACUUAUUCACACUUACCUUUUAAACAAUUUGAAAAGAAAAAUUUUCACCAUUUGAAUUAAAUUGUGCCUGAGAUGCAUUCCAUUCCUUUAAUUUUUCCGCAACGAGCGAGUGUGAAGGAUUCUUGAAUUGCAAUAUUUUACAGUGCACCUUUUAAAAAGGUCUGCUCACUAUACAAAUUUGAUAUUUUACUUCUAGGUAUUUGAGGAACCAAUGAGAGAAAGCAAUUUAAUGUCUUCCAAAGAAAUUGAGUAAGUGCAGUUACAAAUGGGUAUUCAAAUAUAUCAUUAGCAAUGACCAUUAGAAGUGUAAUAAUGUUAAGUACUGAUUUGCUACUUGAAUGUAGAAUACACAGUGGUCAUCAUUUUCGUAGAUGUUUUUGUUCUUGUUUUUGAUGGUUAUCUUAAGUUAUCUUAUUCUGUAAACCUUCUCCAUUACUUUCUGGCCAAUAAUUCGUAAAGCACGUUCGUUUAUUCCUAAAAUGAAGGUUUAGUUAUUUUGUUGGGGUCAUGAGGGAAAAGCCGCCAGAAAUGAAAGAGAGAGAUAGCCACUUUGAGUGCUCUAAAAACCCGCACUUCGCAGACUACUACUCUGAGCUCGAUGCCAAGUCUAUGCAAGUGUAAUUCCUUUAAGACCGGCAGCGCACUGAUCAGUCUUUGAUGCGCUUUACUCACAUAUACUUGUAAACAUGUUUUCAGUGUGCUCUUUCCUGGAGAACUGGUGCAUAUCCUAACAAGUCACACUCAUUUUAUGAAAGAUUUAGAAGAACGACUUCAAAACUGGAAAUUACACGGCAUUGUUGGAGACAUUUUUACGAAGCUAAGCAGCUCUUAUCAUGUAAGUUUCACUUCUUAAGCUUUGACAGAAAAGUAAAACUGGCUCACUCUUAACUAUGGCUUCUAAACGUCGUACUUGCAUUCAGCCUUAACAUCAUAAUGUUCUAAGUAGAUUUUUUUCAACGUAGUUCCUUAGCUGUUAGAGCUCUUUCAAGCUGUAUUUGUCUGUUUGCUUUUUAACUUUACUGAAAAUCAACAAUACUCUAUUAUUCCACAGAUUGAUGUCUUACGAAUCUAUUCCAAUUACGUUAACAACUUCCCCAAGGCAAUAGGCGUAAUAAACAAAAGUUCAAGGGGAUCACACAAAUUUAGGAAAUUUUUACAGGUAAAUUUCUGGAGUGUUUUCUUUCAGUGUGGUUACCAUGACAGUAAUGCGUCUAACCCUGUUCCUUUUCUCUUUUAGAGCUGCUCUUUAAACUCGGAAUGCGAAGGACUAGAUUUACCUGCUUUUCUCCUUACUCCAAUUCAAAGACUACCUCGAUACGUCCUUCUUCUCAGGGUAAGUCAAUAGUGUAUCUUAGGAAGGUACAGAUAUUAAAUAUUUAAAGAAAUUCAAACUUAUGUCCCAAUAAGAAGUUUUUAAAAUCACCAAUGACUUUAAGGAUUUUCGGAGAUGGGACACCGUUCUUGUUAUUUUGCAUGGUCCUUUCACGCAAAUUUUCAAAGUUAAACAAAUGCGUCUAAAUAUCUGUGGUUUUUGCUUUUUCACGAAACCGUUUCUUGAAGUGAUUAAAUUUUCAGCAGUUUUGCAACAGUUGGCUUUAGUCUAGCUGCAAUAUCACUUGAUUAAUACUGAUAUUCCGAGCAUAAAUCAUCCAAAUGGCCCAUACCUUCUCUAAUGGGAGAAACUGAAAGAAAACAAAACAGAGGAAAAAAAGGUUGAAAAUGCUUUGCUUGUUUCCAUAGCAACUUUCAAAGUACACAGAUGCAGGACAUCCUGACAGUUUUCACAUUGCAAACGCCUUGGAAACAAUGAAACAAAUGAUCAACAUUCUUAACGAUUCUAUCCAGAGCUCUUGUAAACUGGCAAACAACACGCAGAUUAAACGGAGCUUCAAGAGAAAGUAAGUUUGUACUUUUAUAUCGUUAAUAAGGGAUGUUGUUCGUAAGUCAGUGAAACGAAACAAUCCAUGCUGUGUAAAUUUACUGAUAGAUCUAUCAUGCACUUUGCCACUUUAUAUAGAUGUACAUACGCGUUUUCUUCGAAGUAACCUGAGCAUAUGAAAGUCAAGUGUUUCCUGUCAGUGCAUUGCCACUGACCUGAACACCUCAUUCACAAAUAAAAAUAAAAUGAAUGACUCAUUACUCGAAUUUCGUUUCAGGUCAUUGAGAAAAAAGGGGAAAGAACUUCCAAGGAGCAGGCACAAUUCACAAGACCACGAUAGGUGUGCAUAUAAUUGAAUGCUACCCAAAAAUUUCUACAAUGCUUCAUAUAUUGACCUUAAAUUGCAACUAAUAUCAAUUCUCUUCCGUAAUCUUCCGUAAGCUACUGAGACCGUCCAUUUUUAAUUUGACUCCGCUGAAGACGACUUAAAGUUCUGGAUGUAUACUUAAAGUUGAUCGACCAUUUUGAGAGAUACUCAUAUCUCAGUGCUCUUCUUAUCCUUAAACAGAAUAUCUUUGGGAAAUAGCAGCGUGUCAACGAUAUCGAUGGUAUCCCCUAGGCCACUCACUACUUUUUCCCAAGAUACAACAGCUGCGAGAGAUACGCAACAAACUGUUGCUUCAGAAGACAAGUGAGUUCCAUAAGAUUUUUAUGAUAUUCGUAUGGAUGAAAAAGUGUCAUACAGAAAGGAAAGACAUGUCAUUGAACGGAAAAAUUAUUAAUCAGUUACAGUUACUGAAACAUAAUGUACAGAACGUUGUAGCUUAGGACAUCAUAUCUUUAGGCCUAAAGGAAGGUUUAAAGUACAAAACCUGUUCACUAAUCUUCUUGAGAAAAGAGAGGAAAUAAUGCAGCGAAAGAAAAGAUUAUAACAACCGUCCCUUUUUCCUUUUUUAGCAGCAAAUCUCCUGCACUGUGUCGUGUUCAUAGUGUGUCAGGCGGUGAAACGCCCCACGAGAGAGAGAUGUAUGAAGAGAUGGCCGCCAUUGAAGAAGAGGCGAUCGAGGAUGCAAAAGAUAUCAAGAAUCAAGGGUGAGUUUCUUUCGGGAUGAAGAGGGCCUUUUUAUAAUUCUAUGCCAUUAAAAAUAACUAUAUUUGUGGUGAUUAAGAAUUGAAAUAGAAGAAAUUUCAGAAGAAUGGCACUUGUUAACGAGAGGAUGAUAGUAGUUAGGAGGAAAAAACUCGAAGUCGGGUACGCAGUUAAUAAAGGAUGAAAUUGGUGAUAGAUGAGAAUAGAUUAGCAUUAAAUUUUUCUUUCAGUUUUUCAAUAUAUCUUCACUCACGGGCAAUUACGAUGUCCAAAGUUAACACUGCUGUUUGUAUUCUGGUUUCAGGCAAAAUGUUUUUCGAAUGGCAGCAGACAGUCUUAUAAGGAAUUGGCAGCGAAGGUCUAAGAAAUGGCGCAGAUCGACAGAGGAACCCUUCAAGCGCGAAAGUUUGAGCGAAACUGAUAGGACAGCAAAGGAAAACGAAAUAAACGAAAGUGGAAAUGAACAAAAUACGGCUGAUGAAGGCAGCUGCAAAAAUGAGGAUGAAAAUGCAAAUGUAAGGUCAGAUGAUAAAGAAUUUACAACGAGCCGAACACCACCGUGUAAUCCGUGUAGAAAAAAUGCCGUUGCAUCUCGUGCGAGGCCUCGUCCAGUUUCUCUAGGAUACUUGUCUAAUUAUCAAUUAAAAGAACACGACGAAAGAAUCAAGGGCAAGGUAUUAUCGGACCCUAGUUUAGCAAAGGAUGAUGAAUCACUUGAGUGUUCAAGAGAUGUGUGGAUACCAAGGAGCAAUACUCUCUCGCCCAAAAGGAGGCCAUCUGAAAAUUUUCGAAGGUCAGUUUGCUCUAGUGUGGUGUCAGGAGACUCCUCGCCCUCAACGGGAAGCAAAAAGAGCUUAUCGCGAAUUUCUCAAGAAAGUCUGGCAGAUUCUGGAGUUUCUGAAACGCCCGGGAGUUCACCAUCAAACACACUAAACAGCAGAACUCAUAAAAUCUUAAAAGAGAGAAGGGACAGACUUAGCAGUUCAUCGCUCACCAAUGUUUCUGGAACAAAUGAAUCUAAACAAAAACUCUCCCGGCUGAAUAGGAGGAGCUGGGGUGACUGGGUGUCCGCCGAGAUGGAAAAUACACCGGAUGAGGUGUCGGAAGAAAGAGAUGAUCAAGUUGACGAUGUCAACAUCAAAAAUAAACGCAGGUUUAAGGAUGUUAUGAAGCAAUUUUUCUCUUCCAAGAAAAAGUAA